GUGUUUCUAUUUAGAGGAAAGUUGAAAACAUUUACUGUUACACAGUGGCCAUCACACAGAACAGACAUACAACUAAUAUAUCUUUGUGCAAGAGACAAGUGACUGGGACCCCAAGCUUUGGUUUAGAAAAUGCAGUUCACUUGUUUAAGAGGCAGUGAAGGUUCAUACAAGGAAAUAUUGAUGUUUGCUUUAUCUGUGGCCCCUAGAAAUGAGUCUCCUUCUCUUUUCUCCUGCAGAAACGCCUUCAAAAUCAAAGCAUGGCACAGGCCACCCGGUCCUCACUGCGCUCUUGAUCUGUGGGGCCGUUCUGCUGAUCCUUCUCAUCGCAUUCCUCAUGUGGGCUCUGAAGCGAAGACAGACACAGCGGCUUACAGAAAAUUCCAAUGACUCAAAUAAUUUUAAUGCUGCUGGACUAACGUCUCUGUCUAAAUAUCUUCCUGUUCCUGGAACAAAAAAGAGAGCCAUGCAGAGGCACACUGAGAAGGAAAAUGAUAAUUUAUAAUCCAUUGAGGUGAGUGAA